AUAAUGUAUAGUAACAGUGCUAUUGACUAAACACAUACCAGUGCUUGACGUCCAUUAGGAUUUGAAUAUUACGUUGUUUUACGUUGUAUUGUGUGCCUCAAACAAAAAUCCCCUUCAAAUCACCUAAAAUUAUACAUUUUCGAUAAUUUCAACAGUUUUUUUGGAUAACAAUUUUCAAGAGAUAGAGAAAGAGAAAGAGAGAGACUUAGAGAGAGAAAGAGAGAGAGAGAGUCUGUAGAGUAGAGAUACUACACGAAGGAGACCACUGACUGUCUCAUCAAAUAAUGUCUGACUAUUUGGACAACAAUUUUAUCAUCAAUUCAGACAAUUGGGAUUACGAUGAUCUCAACAUUUCGACCACCAAUCGGUCACCAAUGAUGACUACGGUGUCCAACAGCAAUACAUUUGAGGUUAUCGAUGACGACGACGACGACACUGCCGAUGAAAAAGAUAAAAAUGAAGAUAAUAUUAAUGAUAUCGAUUGCUUGAGUGAUGAUUAUCUGAAGUGGUUGUUAGAAAAUACUACAUCCGACAGAUACGACACAGAAGUGAUGCCAUUUCUGUACCCAAAUAAUGGCCAAAAUAAUGACGACGACGAUGGCGCUGAUGGCAGUGUCAAUGGCAAUGAAGACGACGGCCAACAAGUGGCGGUCCAAUCACCGCCAAUGAUGGACAAUGAUGUUGCCGACAAAGCACUGCCAGUGGCUGAACAGCAGCCUAUUGUUGGACUGGAUAUGGCCAAUGACAACGCUAUGGACGUCACCGAUACUCUACAGUCGAGUAUGUGUGAGUGGAGAGCUGACACUAAUGACAAUGAUGUGGUGGUCAGUGUUGAUGAAAACAGAUGGGAACUGUCGGCUGAUUACUGGAUUUAUAAUCCUUUGGACGCUAACUGUGCGUCUCAAAAGUUAGUGAAGAUUAAAGACUUUUACUGGACUGGUUGGGACCAACGCUUUAGUUACCCGAAUGGCCAAAAUAACGGCGGCGGUGAUGGCAAUGAAAAUGACAGCGGUGGCCAACAAGAGGUGAUCCAAUCACCGCCAGUGAUGGACAAGAAUGCUGAUGAUAAUGACGAUAAGGUAUUGCCAGUGGCCGAACAGCUGCAGGUUAUUGUACCCGAUAUGGCCAACGAUAACGCUAUGGACGUCACCGAUACUCUACAGUCGAGUAUGUGUGAGUCGAGAGCUGACACUAAUGACAAUGAUUUGGUGGUCAAUGUUGAUAAAAACGGAUCGGAUUAUUCGGUUUUGAGACACACCACAGACUCGAUGAGUAACACGGAUUAUGACCAUAACUCGUUUGAUGGUAUUAACGCCGUAUUAUCAAUGAUGGGCACCGAUGUUUUGAAUAAAAUGAAACCAUCGGCUGAUUACUGGAUCAACAAUACCGUAGCUAACGAUGUGUCUCAAAAGUUUGUAAAGAUUAAAGACUUUUACUGGACUGGUUCGGACCAACGCUUUCAAUUGGCUCCCAUACCUAAUAAGCCGACAUAUGAACUACUGGUUCCCAUUUAUAAUAUGCAAUCAGUGGAGCAACAACAACAAAAUGAUCUAGCUAAUAAUACAUUGACCCUGCCAUUUGAAAAAUUAACCCAAAUUGAUAUGUCAACUAUAACUAAGCCAAUCAACAAUAUGGAUGACUUAAAAUCAAUUAAUAUCAUAGAUAUUGGCGAUAAUGACGGCAGUAAUACAGUAGCCAUUGAUGUGGUCACUGUUGAAACUAAUAUCGAUAACCAGUGCCAAAAAUAUAUCGGCAGCGAUACACUGGCCACUAUCAUGCGUGACUGCCAAAUAGCAUCGGAAUCAAUAGAUAUAGACCAAAUCGCGGAGCCGUCGGGUUUGCAAAAUCAAGAAAACUGUUUGCCAGUGGACGACAAACAAGACCGACCGAUAGUUGUUGGCCGCAAACGAUCGGCGCCAACAACAACAGACAAUCAGAUUGAUUACGAUCGACCAAUUCCCGGCCCGUCCGGUCAUCAAUACUCUGCCGCUAGUAGUGACCAACCGGGUGGCGACGCCGGCGGCACUAUUGACUGCUGUUCAACAGUCAAGAGAGGUCGGCCACCACUGCCUGUCGAAGUCAGAGUCAAAAACACAAAAACCCGACAGAAGAAGGCUUCGCAAGAAUAUAGAAAUAAAUUGAAGUUAAAAGAGAUGGCUAUUAGAGAGGAAUAUAGAAAACAAUUGGAAAAACAUGUGGCAUAUAUGGAACAACUGGAUUGUCUGCGCAAUGGUUUAGUUGAAUGGACGAAGUUUUUUGAUGAAAAUAAACAACUAUUGAAUUAUAUGACUGAAGAAGAAUGGAAACAAUAUAUGGAUUUAAUGGACAAAAAUACCAAACAAUAG